AUGUCCAAGAGCGGAGCUCCUGCCCGGGAACCCUCUGAGACCCCCAGCCAGAGAGAGCGUAUCCGCAGCCACAUGAAGAUGGUGAUCGAGCAGCUGGAAGGCAUUCUAAAAGAGCUAAAAGAUGUGGCCAAAGAGCUGCGGGAGGUGGUGGGUCAGAUCGACAAGCUCACAUCAGACUUCGACUUCGACCUGGAGCCAGAUGAUUGGACGGUGGCAACGGCAAGCAGCACGUCCAGCAGUGAGCGCGGCCUGGGUGAGGCAUUCCGACUGGACUUUCUCAGUCAGGAUGUGCUGUCAGAUAGCUGGGAGUUCUGCAGUUACCUGGAGGCCUCGAGCGCAGCUGGGCGGAAAACGCCCAGGGACGAGGACCUGGAGGAAGAGACGGGGAGGUCAGCCUCAGCCACACCCACUCCAGCCACAGCAAGCGUUUACUCCCAGAUGAAUGGGGGUCUACCUAUCCCGAACGGACCUUUGAUCGUCACCCCAGAUUCAUCAAGCGAAGAGGCCUCCAGCUCCACUCACAGCCAGAAAACAUCCCGAACCUCCGGGACCAGAGAACGGGUGCGUUUCAGCGACAAAAUCCUCUACCACGCCCUGUGCUGUGACGAUGACGAAGACGAAGCAGAGGAGAGGGCGGACGAGGACGAUAAAGUGGACUGUGGCACGCCGGACACGGACAGUGAACCAAGCCCACUGGCCUGCUCACCUGUCCCGCCACUCUCUUCCUCUGAACACUCACAGACUCUUCACAAUUUCCGGGAAACCUCUUCCGCGGGACCCUCGCCCGUCAAGAUGGCAGUGCUUGGACCCCACACAUUGCCGCGUAAGGGCCUCCUUAACCCUGGCUGCAGGAAAAAACUGCUCCGCAAUAGUAGUACGCAGACGGUGUCAGACAAGAGCACUCAGACAGUACUGCCCUACGUCCCCAGCAAACAGAAAACCAAGGACCACUGAGGGGAUACUCAAACCUAACUACAAGAAAACAGAGAAAAGAAAAAGAAAACUGAGAGAAUAUUAAAAUGACUGUCUACUAUUUAAUAUUAAAUACAUAGAUACUAGAUUACAACACAAAUUAAUAAAUGAAUUACUAAAUAAAUAAAUUAUAUAUGGGAAAAUAUAAUUUGUCAGAUUUCCUAACGUCAUUUUACAGCUCAGGGAUUAAAUGCAAGAGAACUAUAUCUCCAAGUUGUGAGAGGUGUGGCAAAAUUGCAAGCUUUGUUUUGUGGAAAUCUGAGUGAAAGCACCAGGAUGUGGAAGAUUUAAUUGAUUUAACAUUUUCAUUUAAUGACAUUCAUAUGUAAAAGUUCCAUUACUGCUAUGCCUGCUAUGCGUAUGUCUAGACUGGAGUUCUGCUUAUAGUGCAUAACUCACUAUAGUCCCCAUUCUUCAGUAUUCCAGUGUUUAUACUUGUAGCCUAAUGCAGUCUGUAUUCCACACAUAUUACAUCCUUUGCAAAAUGACCAAAAGAAAACAACAUACCAUCAUAAGAGUGCAUAUACACAGCAGUGAAAGGUA